AUGUCAAGCGCAGUCAAGUAUUUUUAUAAGGGUAACGACACUGAUCUAAUAGUGUUUGCCAAGUCGCAGAAUGAAGUGGAGUCGUAUUUGAAAGAACCAAGGCCAGAUAAAUUGAAUGAUGUGGUGGAAGUGUUCGAAGUGUAUACGACCACGAAUGGUAAAGGUGCCAAGGGUGAACUGGGCACUGCAUCAAAAGCACAGAUUGAGAACGAAUUUGGUAAGAAAAUGAGGACUGAAGAUGUGAUUGAUGUCAUUUUAAAAGAGGGUCAAUGUAAUGGUGAAAUGAACAUACCUAGGGUUCAAAGAUCCAUGCAAGUGUACCCCUUAUAG